CGGGCGUUGGACAGCCCCCUCGCCGCCCCUCGCGAUUGCCCCCUCCCCCCUUUCCUGGUUCUCGCCCCGCCUCCCCUCCCUCUCCCGCUCGUUCCUUGUUUCCCCCCCCCCCCCUCCGCAGCGCUGGCCCUGGGCCCGACCCCUCCUCCUUUCCAGCAUGGCGUCCGCCACUGGCGCGGCUUCCUCGCCGCCGCAGAUUGUGGUCCCCGUGCUCUAUUCUGGCCUCGAGGACACUGAGUCCAUGGCACAGGUGGUUGACCUGUUGGCCUUCCUCGAGAGCGCUUCAUCGGCGGUGUUUGACCGCGUGUCGUCCAUGAUCUCCGAAUCGGAGUCGCGACUGGCCGGCAUCAAUGGCCGUGCGGGCGCGGCGCAGGCGCGUGUCAGCGCGCUGGCCGACUCGCCGGCGCGAUCGAUCACCGUCUUCUCUUCGAGCGCCUUCCCGGCGGCCAGCGCCGGUCUCACCUUUGGUGCACUCUAUCAGCCGAACAUUCGGUCGAUCAUGCUCGGCGGCAAGCCCGCCCCCCUGGCCCCCGGGGAGGUCCGCAUGGCCUGGCCGGCUGCCGAUCAGCUGUACCAGUCUCGCCUGCCGGUCAAGGUCGUCACCCCGGUCAGCCCGGCCCCCUCGGACGAGGAGGACAAGCCGGCCGAUGCCGAUGCCGAUGCCGAUGCCGAUGCCGGCGCCGAUGCCGAUGCCGAUGCCGAUGCCGGCGCCGACACCGACGCUGACGGCCCGGCCAAGCCCCCCGCCCGGCCGAAGUCCCCGACGCCGCCUGCCUCGCCGGUGGUCGAAAUUGUGGAGAACCUCACGCCGCCGGCGUCGAUCGUGGAUGUGGUCACGGCCAAGCGCGAGUCCUACCUGCUGGACGCCAAGUUCCUGGCGCAGAAUGUCCCCACCAGCAUGACCGUCCUGCAGACCCUGGCCGGAUCGGCCUCGCAGUCGCUCAGUGCCAAUGAGGAUAUGCAGCCGGAGAACUCGACCGCCGUCAAUUCGCUCGGUGCUCUGCCGCCGACGGCUCGGACCUCCUCGGAUCUGCUGCUCUUCAACUCCCGGCUGAACCCCUACCGCACGUACGAGCACAUCGACAACCUGACCGAGGUCCGCACCGCCAAGGCCCAGGUCCAGCGGCGCGACGAGUCCCUCGAGCUGCAAAUGGCCCCGGAUACCAUCCGCCUGGGCUUGGGUCUGGAGUAUGGCGACCGCAUGGAUGUCGGCUUCCGGCCGCAGAUGACCGAGCUGCCGGACAUGGAGCUGCCAGAUCGCCUGGACCUGCCGAACAUCGCCACCGACCUCCAGUGGAGCAUCGGCGAGGGGGAUACCUCGAUGCCGAGCAACAUCGCCCCGUCAGUGCUGCCGGACUUCAGCGCUGCCGAUGCCAUGGGCGGCGCGGCGGCCACCACGGCCGCGCCUGCUGCCGCUGGCGCCCCGCCACCGCCACCCCCCUCGUCCGGCGCGCCGGCCCCGCCUCCGCCACCCCCCCCGGCGUCGUCGGGCGCGCCGCCCCCCCCGCCGCCGCCUCCGCCGCCGGCUGGUGCUCCGCCUCCGCCGCCGCCUCCGCCGCCGCCGCCGCCGCCGGCUCCCGGCCCGCCGCCGCCGGCCACCGAGACCGCCAUGUCGUCCAUCCCCCUGCCGGCCCCGACCGAGGGGAGGGGCGGCCUGCUGGACGAGAUCCGCAAGUCCGGCGGUGGCCGCAUGAAGCUGCGCAGCUCCAAGGACAAGCGCCCCGCCUCCAAGAGCAAGCCCAAGCAGUCCUCCUCCGGCGACAUCAUGAGCGACCUCCACCGGCACCUGUCCAUGAUCCGGAAGGACAACCAGCCGACCUCCGACGAGGAGUCCACCAACGAGGCGGACUGGGACUGAAGACGCCCGUCGGGGCCUCCAUUCUCGGGUCUUU